AUGGCUCCAAGUUACCCUAAGUGGGAGCCGAAGGCGGAAAACUUGCAAAAAUGGUUGAACAACGCCAAUGAACCCGGAUGUCCUAUUCCUAAGACCACGGUAACCAUGGCAAAUCUGCCGCCUCUGGGUCUACCAGUCGAGACCUCAGUAGAGGACGCAGAUUCUGUCUGUCAAUUCCUUUCACUUCACAAGAACGAACUCCCAUGGGCCCACUGGUCCGGGCGAAUUGGUCCAGGAGUGAUGAUCAUUGAAUGUAUCAGGAGAGAAAAUGACUCAACCGCUCCAUGGAUUUCCGAACUAACCAAGGCGAUCUAUGAAAACUACUCCUCACUGAGUGACUUGCGGUACGUAUUUCUGACCGAUGUCCAGAACGAGGACACGGUAGAGUGUAUCACGACAAUUUGCCACACUCAUCGACUUCCAUAUCCAAGCGAUGAUGACCAUGGAACGUGGCCUACGGGAGUCUGGAUGCCUCCAUCGCCGGAGUUCAAUGCCUUGCUGGGUACGCGACUUGGCAAGGUUGUCGCAUAUUUCAUUCUAGGUGCGUAUGGCCAGGGUGUCAAGCGAAUUGCUAAAAUCACAUUCUUCAACGCGAAACGCAAACAGCUAAACCUGCGGUUCGACAUUGAGAACUUAUAG